AAAACUUUUUUUCAGGAAGUCCUCGGAGUUUUCCCAAAAUUCCGCAAUCUUUUUUAAAAUUGGCCAAAAUUAAAAGCUUUAUGUGGCCGAACGUGAUGUAAAACGGACUCCGUCCGGGGAUGCGGUUCCACCGGUGUCCGUCGAGUUUUGUGUGAAAAGUUGCAGGUUUCGUCUCGUUUGUGUUGAUUCUGAGCGGAUUUUUGUUUACGUUUUUGUCGAUUAACGUCAAGCUUCAAAGUGUAUUUCAACGAGAUCGGAACGGCCGAUGGCGCCGGCGGCCCCGCCGGUUCCGGCCCGUUCCUGAUGGAGGUGGUGGGCCAGCACGGCGGGACGACCGCCUUUCUGGACAUGGACUUUUGCCGGCUCUGUCUGGGCCGGGACAAGACGGGCCUGAUCAGCGUGUACAGCGCGGAGGUGAACCCGUCCGGAGAUGGGGACGAGUCGCUGGUGGCGAAGAUUUUGCGCUUCUUCGAGGUGCGGAUCUGCGAGGAGGACAUUCUGCCGCGGCAGAUUUGCCAGCAGUGUCUGCUGCAGACGGAGAGCUGCGCCGAGUUUCGCGAUGUGUGCAUCCGCAACGAUCAGAAGUUGAGGGAGAUUAUUUGCUUUCCGGAACCGGCGGCGCCGGAAGUUGUGGAGGGGGAGGGGGAGCAGCAGCAGGCGGUGGAGUUGAAGGCGGAACAGGUUCCGCUGGCUGGGGAGGAGGAUGAGGAUGAAGAGGAAGAGGAAGAACGGGAGGAGGUCGUGAUCGAUCCGGCGAACAACUACGAAAGCUCCAACCAGAGUGCACCGGAACCGUAUUCGGAGGGUGAGGACGGGGAUGAUACGGCACUGGCGGAGAGCAGUGAUCUGAACGACGGAGGGCUCGGGCUGGUGCUGGACGCCAACACGAACGAUUCGUCGGAAGAUCUACUGGAAGUGAUGGGCGAAGAUUUGGCGGACAAACAGCUGAAGAAGCUGGUCCACAUGUGCCGGUACUGUGACGUGGCCUUUGCCCUUCCGAACGCGUGCUAUCUGCACGAGACGCAAGACCACGACAUUCUGGCGCCGUACGGCUGUCAAUUUUGUGAGUUCAAAACCGCCAACCGGAACAUGUUGAUUACGCACAUCCGCGAUCUGCACGGAAUCGACCGGCCGUACAUUUGCAUCCAGUGCAACAAGGGCUUCCACCGGCGGUCGGACCUCAAAAAGCACACCUUCGUACACUCCGGAGUGCGGCCGUUUUCCUGCGACGAGUGCGGCAAAAGCUUCUCCAGAAACACAAACCUCACCAAACACCUGCGAAUUCAUUCCGGAUUCAAGCCGCACAAAUGCAAGUUCAACAACUGCUCUAGAUCCUUCGCCAACAAAGCGGACCUCGUGCGCCACCAAAACAUCCACAUGUCGCUGGGCAAGCAGUUUUCGUGCGCCAAAUGCAACAACACUUACGCCCGCAAGGACAAACUGCUCAGCCACGAACGAAUCUGCUUCGCCAAACAACACCAGCAACAACAACUCAUCCAAAUCCUGGCCCCAACGACGACAACCACGUCGUCGACCUCGAUUCCGGCACAUUUUGACGCCGGGGAAAACAUGGUCAUUUCGCUCGAUCCGUACCGCACGGAGAUUGAUCCGGCGUCGGCGGCCGGUCCAACCGAGGACGAUCCGGGCAUUCCGAACGCGGCUCCCGUUUCCGCGAUUUCGUCCUUUUCGAAUGUUAUUCGUGAAGAACUGUCCACGGUUCAGCCGAAGCUGUUUUCCUGCGCAAAGUGCCCGAAGAAGUUUCUGUCGAAGAACACGCUGCACACGCACCAGCUGACCCACUCGGACGUCCGGAACUACCGGUGCCACACGUGCGACAAAAAGUUCAUCCGGAAGCGCGAGCUGGACCGGCACCUGACGGCGGUCCACUCGAACCACAAGCCGUACGAGUGCAAACAGUGCUCGAAGCGAUUCUCCCGCAAGGACAAACUGCUUAGGCAUGAGCGGGUUCACCGCGAGGACCGGUUGUUUGCGUGCGGGGCGUGCGACGCCAAGUUCCUGCGCAAGGAAGCGUUGGCCGUUCAUUCCAAGGUGCACUGCACGGCGGCGGCGGAGGCCGGAGUCCACGAUCCGGCGGUCAUCAUCAUGAUUGGCCAGGGACGAGAGGGCGACGUUGACGAUGCGGACGACGAAGAGCGGCACGAGCUGCUGCAGCAGGUUCUGUCGUACGAGGUGGGAGGGCUCGAGGCAGCGGCCAUGCUGUGAUGAGCUGCGUUUUUGUCUGUGUUUUUUUUUUAUAAUAAAAAUAUUAUUUUUUAACUCUUAGACGAUGUCUCUUUAUUAGUGUUUAGCAGUCGCGUAUUUAUUAUUCAAGAAUCUUAAAUAAUCGGUAUUUGCAUGCAAAAUUGGUCUCAACCACGUGUCACAGGUGUAAACAUUUCUUUCGGCGUAAAUAAACGAUGGUAUUUUCUUGUGAUUAAA